AUGGCCAACUACCACCAAAACUCGCACUCCCCACCUCACACUUCCCAGGAUCCCUACGCCUCGUCAUCGUACUCGGGCCGAGCUGCGGCGCCACCGUCUCGCGAGCGGUCGCAGUACCAUGCGCAGUACUCGUCACCUCAUGUACACCCGAGUGAUCUGUAUGCUCGACCUCGGCCACCUUCAGAAGUAGAGUUCCAUUUCGGAGACGAUGACACUAUCGUCAGUUACCAACUUGAAGGAUCCCAGCCGCUUUCGGGCGUGGUCCGUGCUAACCAGUCCCUGUUCUGGAGAUGGGCAGGUCCCCGGCGACUCGGUCUCUCAACUCGGUCGCAGAGUGACUCAGAACGAGAACAAGCGCGUUGCAGGUCCCAGACCGAUGGAGCUCGAGACCAUACACGCCUCACCGGACGUUGAAGAAUAUUCACCCAACGAAGCCACCGGACCGAGGAUGCCCUUACCUGGCGCCCCGUCGAGUGUUCAUUCACCCCGCCAUUACGAGUCGUCACAAAUGCCGUUCUCAUCUCGACAACCUUAUCGGGGGCGGCCACCUCUUGGACAGGAUCAUUCUCGCUCUUCGCCUGAGUCCUACGAUGACGACGCGAACAUGAUCCGCAAGAUUCCCAGCCCCUCUGGAAGAAGUUACCCCGAUGAAGAUCCUUACCCGCACCCAGACGAUCAGGAAACGCUAUAUGCACCAAGACGAGGGCAUGCAUCCGAUGAGACCCCCUUGACAGCACCGCUCGUCGACAGCUAUGUCGACGAGGCUUUACGCCCGCGACAAAUGAGGAGUGGUGAGCCAGGAGGUCGAGCACUACCCGCCGGAGCGGGGCACUCACAGUUGCCUCGAACAGGUGCAGAUGAUGAUGAUCGAUCGAUAUACCCGUCUUCGCGAAUAUCGAGGGGGAGGGAGAUACCCCUUUGGCCCGACUCGAAUACGCUUCCCCGCCCUACCCAUCCGAUGCAUUCGAACUCCGUCGACACCCAGCAAACGUACGCCAAGGAUUACUACUACGACGACUACAACUCAUCCAAAGACGCCACCUACCCACCCGAUUUCUACACUUCGAAAUCUCAGUGGGCCCACGACGAAGAACCCAACCCCGACGCGAUCGAACCGCUCGACGUCGUCGGGCGGCAAUCGGACUCGGUCGACCCUAGCCUACUACAAAAACCACCAGUGUGGAAGAGGAUGAUCUACGACGGCAAGACGCCGAUCGCGCUUCGGAUCGCCGAGCACAAGAAAGGUGACGGGAUACAGAAACGACCAUGGGCUUGUUGGCUCCUGGCGACGUCGUUUUGUGCCGUGUUGGCCUUCGAAAUGGCUCGCAUGUUUCAGGUGGGUCCGGCGUCGGCGAUGAAGGGUCUUCCGGGAUAUGAGCUUAUACCACGUUGUUGGUGCCCCACCAGUAUACUGGGAGUCCGAUUCAGACCAAGCCGAGCUUCAAUGUCAUGGUUGGUGAGUUUUGCACUUCAGUUGCGACCCUGUUUGCAAACCAAGGACUAAACAUCCGCAUCCGCAGGGCCUUCUGGUCCUGUGCUCAUCAACACAGGGGCCCGAUUCGCGGGAUGUCAGAAAUAUAUUGCGAAUGUGGGUUUCAUUCUCGGUCUUCGGAGCUGUAAGCGAGCGCACUUCUGACCCCGUUGCUCUCUCAGGUCACGGACAUUGACUGGAUUUGUCUUAAGGAUUCGAACAAGCCUGCUACGGCCACAUUCGAGACGAUGUGUAAGCAUUCAUCUUGCGUAUUAGUUGUGACCCUACAGCUCAUGUAUGUUUUCACUUCACGAACUUUUUAAUCGCAGGCACAAUGAGCCAGAUCUGCGGGUUUGACGGAUUCGCCACACCGCAGCAGGCGGACCAGGCCUUCCGCUUCGUCGUCCCCAUCUUCCUGCACGCGGGGAUCGUCCAUCUCGUCGUUAACCUCCUCGCUCAACUCUUCUCCUCUUCCAUCGUCGAAAGGCAGAUGGGUACCCCCAAGUUCUUGAUCGUCUACUUCCUCUCAGGCAUCUUCGGCUUCGUGCUAGGCUCGAACUUUUCGCUCGUUGGUCAGCCUUCGGUCGGCGCGAGCGGAGCCAUCUUUGGGACCCAUGCCGCCAUCUUGGUGGAUCUUCUCGCGCAUUGGGAUAUCGAGUUUCGUCCUUUGCGCAAGCUCGUGUGGCUCAUCGUUGAAUUGAUCGUCGGCCUCGCGCUUGGUCUCGUUCCCGGUGUCGACAACUUUGCCCACAUCGGUGGGUUUUGCAUGGGGUUGUUAACGUCGAUCCUCCUCUUGCCCAUCAUUCAUCAAACGAAGCGACAUCGAGGAAUUUUCAUUGCGUUGAGGAUCAUGGCCUUACCGCUGGCGAUCGUGCUGUUUGUGUUGCUCGUGAGGAACUUUUACGUCAAUGAUCCGGCCAAGAUGUGUCACUGGUGUCGAUACCUGUCUUGCUGGCCGACCGCGGCCAACAAUGUAAGUCUCCUACGACUCAGCGAGCUCCCUCUUGCUCUACAGUUUGCUGAACACUCUUCAACAUCUUCGUUUUAGAGAUGCCAAGGCACCGGCCUUUCAACCGUCACGACGACGACGACGACAACAACAACAACGACGACUUCCUUCAUGCUCUCGACGCUCAUUUCAGUCCUUCUUUUGUCCUUUGUCAUCCCUUUACUGUAGUCCAUCUUAUCCUUUCGUUGAUGGCCAUGUGAAUACCAACUUGCAAUCACUACCCUGCCGUGCAGUCGUCUCCCUCCUCCUGGCUUCACAGUGGCAAGCCAACUUGA